AUCUUCCAUCCCUGAGUCUAUCAUCCUGUAGUUUGACCACAACUCUCAUAAGCAGGACCUUCGCAUCCGAGAUUCAGCACUCGCCGAACCAUCAGUUUUUCACAGCAAGCUCAGCCAACCCUUGUUCCACUACUCGCGUGACCUUUCAGGCACACACCACCACACAAUGACAUCCAAGGCAAUCGCCAUCGUAGCCGGUGUCGGUCCCGGAACCGGCGCUGCCGUCGCGCGUAGAUUCGCCGCCGCAUACCCCGUCGUCCUUCUCGCACGCAGUCCCGAAAACUACGAAUCGCUCGCCAAAGAGAUCAACUCAAGCGGCGGCAAGGCACUCGGCAUCAGCACGGAUGUCUCGAGCCCGGAGAGCCUGAAGCAAGCGUUUGCUGCGAUCGAGCAGGAAUUCCCCAACGCGCCCAUCGCGGCCGCGAUUUUCAACGCCAGCGGCCGAUUCGUCCGCAAGCCCCUCCUGGAACUCACGCUGGAGGAAUUCAGCGCGGGCCACGACGUCAGCGUCAAGGGAGCUUUCCUCUUCUCGCAAUUGGUUCUGCCGAAUUUGGUCAAGCAUGCCGAAGAUAGCUCGGCCAAGUACCCGCCGACAUUGAUCUUUACGGGCGCCACGGCCUCGGUCAAGGCCAAUGCUCUGAUGUCUAGCUUUGCAUCGGCCAAGUUUGCCAUGCGCGCGUUGUCGACGUCGAUUGCGAAGGAGUUUGCGCCCAAGGGCGUGCAUGUCGCCCAUGCCAUUAUCGACGGCGUGAUUGAUAUCCCGCGCACGCGGGAGUGGCUGAAGGAUGCACCUCCGGAGGCGAAGAUUGGGGCGGACGACAUUGCGGAGAGCUAUUGGAAUUUGUCGACGCAGGGAAAGCGAGCUUUCACGAAUGAGAUUGAUAUCAGGCCGAUGCUGGAGAAAUGGUGAGUAGGAGGGGUGGCUCUGGUGGUGAUGGCAGUGGUCCAAAGUAGCUGGCUGCUUGCUAUUUGUAAUAGAAUCAUAAUAUGAACGUUGGUAUGGUCACUGUCUUUGCCGAU